AUGAGUGGAGCUGCAGCAAGAGAAGUUGCGGCCAAUGAAUGUAACGCUUCUUCUAGUUAUGUGUUAGCAGCAACUACAAGCUCUAGUGUUAUUCACAACAGCAGCAGCAGCAGCAACAACAACAACAGCACCACCAGCAACAUCAAUGCAUAUUCAUUUGCUGCAAUUAAAAGUAACCUCCAGAACAAAAUCAACAUUAACAUCUAUAACAGCACCGACAACGGCUACGUUAACAGCAGUAGCAACAGCAGCAGCACUGGCUACAACAACAACAAAAUCAGUUUUUACAACAACAGCAGCAGCAGCAACGCAAUUACAACAACAACAACUCUUUCUCAUCAAGUCAAAAGCGGGCUGACCUGCCAUCUGUGUUUGAAAUCUUUCAAGAACAAGAGCAACUUGAGACGCCACCUCGUGACACACACGAACGAAAAACCAUUCAAGUGUAACUACUGUUGGAGGUCCUUC